AUGCGGCAUCGAAACUCUCUUUCCAUCACUCUAAAACCCUCAAUUUCCAGAUUCCAAUCUCAUAACCAUCUCCACAGAAGAAUAAAUCCGGGGUUUUGCGGCCGGGUUCGUCUAAAUUCCAGACCUUUACAGAACAGCUUAGUCGCUUAUUGUACGUUGAGUGCAGAGAAUGUAGAUUCGGCUACUGUCCCAGCUGAUAGUAAUGAUUUUAGCGGAAAACCGGAGCCGGUUGAGCUCGAUAAUGUAGCCGCGUCAUCGGUCGAAAGAGAGAUCAGUGGUGAAAAGAUGAACGAGGAUGUGGAGAAGAGCUGGUGGCCGUUUUGGAGGCACGAGAAGCACUUGGAACGGUUGGUUGAAGAGGCUGAUGCGAAUCCCAUGGAUGCUGCGAAGCAAAGCCGUUUGUUGGCUGAGCUUAAUAAGCAUAGUCCUGAGUCUGUCAUUCAGCGAUUCGAACAGAGGACACAUGCUGUAGACAGUAGAGGAGUAGCAGAAUACCUUCGAGCACUAGUGGCUACGAAUGGGAUAGCUGAAUAUUUGCCUGACGAUCAAUCUGGGAAGCCUUCUAGUCUUCCUUCUUUGCUGCAAGAGUUGCAACAACGUGCAUCAGGGAAUAUGGAAGAGCCUUUUGUGAACCCUGGUGUGUCCGAAAAACAGCCAUUACAUGUUGUAGUGGUGGACCCCAAAGUGGCAAGUAAAUCAUCACGCUUAGCACAAGAGGUCAUAUCAACUAUCUUGUUCACUAUUGCUGUCGGUUUAGUAUGGGUAUUGGGUACUACUGCACUCCAAAGGUAUAUUGGUAGCUUAGGUGGUAUAGGUACUCCUGGAGUUGGUUCGAGUUCUUAUUCACCAAAAGAGCUGAGCAAAGAAAUAGUGCCAGAAAAGAAUGUUAAGACAUUUAAAGACGUCAAAGGAUGUGAUGAUGCUAAACAAGAGCUCGAGGAGGUGGUUGAGUAUCUCAAGAACCCUUUGAAAUUCACUCGACUUGGAGGGAAGUUACCAAAGGGAAUCCUUUUAACUGGAUCACCUGGUACUGGAAAAACUCUGCUUGCAAAGGCUAUUGCUGGAGAGGCUGGUGUGCCUUUCUUUUACAGGGCCGGAUCCGAGUUUGAAGAAAUGUUUGUAGGUGUGGGUGCUCGGCGAGUAAGAUCCUUGUUUCAAGCAGCUAAAAAGAAGGCUCCGUGCAUCAUUUUCAUUGAUGAAAUCGAUGCAGUUGGGUCUACCCGGAAGCAAUGGGAAGGUCAUACGAAGAAGACACUUCAUCAAUUACUCGUCGAGAUGGAUGGUUUCGAGCAGAAUGAGGGAAUUAUCGUGAUGGCGGCUACAAACUUACCCGAUAUACUCGAUCAAGCUUUGACUAGACCUGGUAGAUUUGACCGCCAUAUUGUUGUUCCUAAUCCAGAUGCUCGGGGUCGAAAAGAGAUAUUGGAUCUCUAUUUACAAGACAAACCUUUGGCAGAUGAUGUUGAUGUGAAAGCAAUUGCUCGAGGAACUCCUGGAUUCAAUGGAGCAGAUUUGGCGAACUUGGUAAAUAUUGCUGCCAUUAAAGCAGCCGUUGAAGGAGCUGAGAAGUUGACUUCGACUCAGUUAGAGUUCGCGAAAGAUCGGAUAAUGAUGGGAACGGAAAGAAAGACAAUGUUCGUGUCUGAAGAAUCAAAAAAGCUCACCGCAUAUCAUGAGAGUGGGCACGCUAUAGUUGCUUUAAACACCGAAGGCGCGCACCCGAUUCACAAAGCCACGAUCUUGCCACGUGGAUCGGCUCUUGGCAUGGUCACUCAGCUCCCGUCUAACGACGAGACAUCAGUCAGCAAAAAACAGUUAUUGGCUCGGCUUGAUGUUUGCAUGGGGGGACGAGUAGCGGAGGAACUUAUCUUUGGACAGGACCAUGUUACGACUGGGGCAAGUAGUGAUCUCAACACGGCUACCGAGCUUGCCCAAUAUAUGGUAUCGAGUUGUGGGAUGAGUGAUGCAAUUGGACCCGUUCAUAUCAAAGAACGACCGAGUUCGGAAAUGCAGUCUCGUAUCGACGCUGAAGUGGUAAAGCUGUUGAGGGAAGCUUAUAAUCGAGUGAAAGCUUUGUUAAAAAAGCACGAAAGGGCAUUACACGCUCUAGCAAACGCGCUUUUGGAGUACGAAACUCUAAGUGCAGAAGAAAUUAAACGGCUUCUCAUUCCUUUUAACGAGGGACGAUUAUCUUUUGAACAAGAACCGCAACAGAUGGAGGAGGAAGAGCUUGUUUUGGCUUAA